UCUCUUUCCCGCAUCGAAUGAAUUAAUUGAAUCGAAUCGGAUCGAAUGUCAUGAUCCCCCCACUCGACUACACCGGCUUCUUCCUCUCCCUCGCGGCGGUGGCGAUUCGGCCUGUCGCGGGGAGUUCGAAUUCCUCUUGCUCCUCCACAACCACAAUAACCAGCCAAUCCGACGCCGACGCCCUCUCAUCGUGCAGCACCCUCUCCGGCACCCUGACCAUCUCCCCCUCCGCAACAGGAACCAUCUCCAUCCCCAACAUCCAGACCCUCAACGGCGGGCUCGUGCUCCAAGAUACCUCGUCGCUGGACACCCUAUCCGCGUCGGACCUGCAGACCGUGCACGGCAAGAUCUACAUAGAGGACAACGACGCGCUGAGGAACCUGUCGCUGCCCGAUUUGCAAACUGUGGGCGGGGAGAUUGAUAUCUCGGGGAAUGCGAAACUGAAGGAUUUGGUCCUCGAUGGGUUGCAGGAGGUGGAUGGGGCGUUGGUUUUGAGUGGGACGUUUGAUGAAAUCUCCUUCUCCGACCUGGACUCCGUCAAAGGGCAAACGAGCAUCAAGUCGCACGGGGGAUCGUUCCGGUGUUCGAGUUUGGAUUCUUUGCGCGGCGACGACGACGACGACGACAACAACAACCACAACCACAACCACGGCAAUAGCAACAGCAACAGCAACAGCGUCUUUCAAGGCUCAUACUCCUGCAGUGACGGUUCCAGCAGCGGACUCAGCGCGGGCGCGAAAGCCGGGAUCGCGAUCGCCGUGAUCGUGGUGGUGAUGCUGAUCGUCCUGUUCGCGUGGUGGCGGGUACGCAAGAUGCGGAAGCAGAAGCGACGACGCAACGGCCCCACGGACAAGAAUCAGUAUACGGCUGUCGGGGUGGGACAUCACGAUGAAGAGAUGGUGCUGGGCGACGAGAAGACGAGGAUGAAUCGGAAUAGCGACCUGGCGAGCCCCGGGAAUAUUCCCCGGAAACCGCUGUCGCCGCCGCCGCCAGAAGAGGCGAAUACGUCGAUGGAUACGUCGAUGUUGUCGACGUCGCCGCCGGUUCCGGUGGCGCUGCUGCCCGGCGCGGCGGAUCGCGCAACGGACGCGGAUGCGGACGGGCAGUCGUUGUUCCUCCAUCCCAUUCCGCGACGCAGACCCUCCGAGACGGACGUGCCGUUGCUGGAUAGCGGCGACGUGCAUGAGGCGCCGGCUGCGCCCGUCGAGCGGGUGUAUGAGCUGGAUGGCGGGCCGGUGCGAGGCACGCACCAGCAACCCAUCAACCAUGAAUAACCAACAGACUGAUCCUGCACGAUUGAUGAUACCUUAGGAAUGUUUAGUACGGACAGGCAUAUAUACCUGAAUGUGAACCGCGAGCAUUAAGAGAGCAAA